AUGUCUACGGUUACAUUGUGCUGCAUGCGCAACCUUCUCGCCGCUUGCCGCGCGACGAAGACGGCGUAUAUCUCAGGUCACCUGCGAAAGUACACGUGCCCACAACUGUACAGAACAUUUUCCACCAGACCCACGGUCGCGUGUGAUCGGAAGUUUACCGUGGAACAACUGCGGUCGAAGUAUAAAAGUUCAGAGCCAAUCACUGCUAUCACUGCAUACGAUUAUCCGAGUGCGAAACAGGUUGACGUUGCUGGGAUUGACAUCGCAUUGGUCGGUGAUUCUGCCGCCAUGGUCGUGCAUGGUCAUGAUACAACACUGCCAAUCACACUUGAUGACAUGAUAACGCACGCAAGGUCAGUAAAAAGAGCAGUUCGCCGUGCGAUGAUUGUUGGUGAUCUGCCGUUUGGUACGUACGAAGAAAGUCCAACUCGUGCUGUAUGUUCUGCACUGAGGAUGAUCAAAGAUGGCGGCGCUGACGCAGUGAAGUUAGAAGGCGCAAUCGAACCGAGGCUGAGUGCCAUACGAUCAAUCAAGGCCGCUGGCAUUCCAGUCAUGGGGCACAUAGGCCUAACCCCUCAGUCUAUAAAUGCGCUUGGUGGUUUCAAACCACAAGGUAGAAACGCAGAUGGUGCUUUGAACUUAGUGGAGAACGCGAUGCGUCUAGAAGAAGCCGGGUGUUUCGCUGUAGUGGUAGAGUGUGUUCCAGAGGUGGUUACAUUGGCUAUCAGGGGGGCUAUUGACAUUCCAAUCAUAGGAAUUGGUGCUGGUCGACAUGCCGACGGUCAGAUUCUCGUCUAUCACGACAUACUUGGACUGACCGUACACCCUCACCAUGCUAAAGUUUCUCCGAGAUUUUGCAAACAAUAUGCUCAGCUCGGAGAUGAUGCAAUCGUCGCCUUGGAGACUUUCAAGCAUGAAGUUGUCAGUAACGUCUUUCCUGGUGCUCAGUUUUGCCCCUACGUUAUGGGUGGUGAUGAACUGAACAAUUUUGUGACUGGACUGCAGAAACUUGGUCUCAAAACUGCGGCCGAGGACGCGAAAGAUUACCUGUAG